GGUUGAGGCGGAGGGAAGGAAGGACGAGGUGGCAACACUGCAGGAGGGACAGUCACAACAACACUGGCCGAGACGUGACGAGUGGUGUGAACAAUGGCUGUCUUCUUUAAGAACAAGAAAAAGGAGGUGGAAGAAGAAUUCCCUAACACACUUCUGGGUUUUGGAUAUGAAUUUUCUAAAGACGGCAAGAUUCAGAAUGUGAAGACGGGAGAAGGGUUCCAGUUUGUGGCCAGGGAAGGGGACCUGGCCUAUAACCAGAUGCAUUACGAGGCACUAGGAGAGGUUGUGACAACAGAAGUGUACAAACUCCUGGAGUCAGAGUGUCAGCUCAAGAAAGCUCCUGUGCCCUACAACUCUCAGGGGGAGGAGGAAGGCACCUUUAUCUUCCUCUCUGAUGACGCUCUGAGCAACCCUGACAAGCUCUUAGUCUUGAUCCACGGCAGCGGAGUUGUGAGGGCGGGCCAGUGGAGCCGAAGGUUGAUCAUCAAUGAUUCACUGAAGUCUGGGACACAGAUUCCCUUCAUCAAGGAGGCCCAGAAAGAGGGUUAUGGCAUCGUGGUCACCAACACCAACGACAACUCUCGGCCUGGCAAGGGCAGGAUCAAGGGCAGUCAAAACCCCGAGUCUCAUGCCCAUCACGUGUGGAACCAUUACAUCCACAAUGCCAAGGCAAGACACGUGGCCAUCGUCGCCCACAGCUACGGAGGGUGUGUGGUGACCUCCCUGUUCACACAAGUGAAGGAAGAAUUCAGGAAGAGAGUCUUUGCCGUGGCCCUCACUGACUCCGUCCAUUACCUGCAUGAGGCAGGCCCCUUCAAAGGCCUCGUGAAGGUGUCCAAAAAUUGGGUGUGCAGCCCGGAGCCCCUGGACACACCCGUCAAAACACAUCCGGGGGACAUCACCCGUGUGUCUGCAGGCGUGACCGUCCAUGAGCAGACGUCCUGGGCGAGCUUCAGCAGCAUCUUCAAGUUCCUGAGGGAGCGGCUGGCGGCGGUGAAGGAGGACGCAGAAGGCACUGGGAAAGGAGAUGGAAGAGGGCGAGGAGAGGAGCGGAAAAAUCUCCCUACAAGCAAGAAUGAGAGACGCGAGAAUCCUCCUGAAGGGCAGCAGAAGGGAGGAGCCGGAGACCAGGGAGUGAACGAGAAGAAGAGUGAGGAAAAGGAAGAGAAGGACGAGGCGAAGAAAAUGAGGAUGGACACGUAAAGAACCUGAUCAAAUGACGAGGGAAGAGAUGAUGUGGGUUGUGGAAACUCUGAAGAGGGUCUUGCUGGGAUGGACGCAACGGGAGAGCAUGAUAAGAAGUUGACUCAAUUUUGCUUACUGUAAGAGAUGAAUGGCGCAGAUUAAACCCUGCAAUGUUUCUUGUGUAGUCAGGUGUGAGUGUUAAGAUCCAAACAGUUAAGGCUUUGAAUACCAGCGUGUGAGUGCAACGCCGUGGAACGUACAAAUCAUACUAUGAGUCGUAUUACGAGACAUUUCGCCGCCCAAGAACACAUAUUUGACAAGGCUUUCGUAGGAGUUGUGGGCGUUUCCAGGAGUAGUUGUAUGACCCUGGUGGUAGUCUGACCCUUCUUCUGUACCAGGAACCUAAAGAAACACUCAUUAAACCCCGAUUGAUCCCCUCUUUGACCUCUAGAAAUAGCUGACAAGGCUUUCGUAGGAGUUGUGGGCAUUUCCAGGAGUAGUUUUAUGACCCUGGUGGUAGUCUGACCCUUCUUCUGUACCAUGAACCUAAAGAAACACUCAUUAGACCCCGAUUGAUCCCCUCUUUGGCCUUUAGAAAGAGCUGAUGUGAGAUGACAGAGUGUCUUGUAAAACCAACCUAUAAGAGUUCCCUGGCAGGCGUGUGGAUGAGACAAGCGUGUUAGGAGCGGUGUGGGUGACCCGUGCCUUCGUACACUUAGAAUCGAUUGUUACGAGCCGAUUAUUUUUCGUCCAUUCCCAUCACAAAUCCAGAUGUCUUUUGAUUUCGACUGUUACGUAUUUUUUAAUGAUUCUUCGUCGUGUAGCUAGCUUGUGGUUUUCCAGGAUGUUGUUGUGAUAAUGAUCUGACAUGCAUUGGUUCAGUUUAUGGCAAGAGUUUCCAGGCAAGAUCAAUUCAACAUGAGGGAUUCCUUUCUAUCUGGACAGUAAGGAGAUGUAAGAUGCGAGGUAAAAUUGUCUUGGUAUUGUAUUUUUAAUUGAUAUGAAAUAAAGUUUAUCAGCAGACUUGUGAAGCACCGCGUAUAUAACAUUGUCUGUCGCUGCCUUUGCCCUUUGUCGAGGAUGCAGCUGAUUAUAUCAUUAUUUUCCUUCACUCCCGGGGUAAAGGAUUCUUCGCCACCAUAGACGCUAGGGUCCAUGAGACGGAGAUGAGCACCGAGGCAACGCUCAGCUCUGACGUACGCCCCAAACUUCACCUUUACCCUUUCCUUCAUAACAUUUCACACCGGUAACAAUAAACAAGACACGCCA